AUGCAGGACUUGCCAUACGACGAAUCGAGCCACAGUCGGUCGGCCCUCUGCACCAGAGAGCAUUCUAUCGUAGUCUGACACCGCUCGGUCCUCUGCAGUGGACCGUCUUACACAAGCAGCCAAUUCAGUCGAUGAUGCAAGACCCCGCAGACGUUCUCUCUCUUUUCCCCCACACGAGCGUCGAAUCUGACCUUCAUCCCCGACCCCUCGCCUUCUCUCUCCACAAAAACAGCUCAUCAAGAUCAUGUACUCGACCUUAUCCUACCUCACCCGCAAGGCCAACUUCAAGCCCCUCGACCCCAAGUUCCCCGUCACCCAGACCAUACCGGACUUGGACCCACCUCACGUGUUCCAAGGUCAGCCUUGACCUGCUUUUUUUCAUCUGUGCACAUCUCAUCGUUCCUGACACUACGGUGAUCCGUGUCGGUCAGAAAACACCAACGAACUCGUUGCCGAUUUCAUCCGCAAAGCCAAGCAACUCGAAUACCUCAUCGCCGUACUCCCCUCUACCACCGCUUUUUCGGACCUCUCCGAUCCAUCGGGCACGAAUGCCCAAUUCGAUCCGGAAUUCGAGCAACUGGAGAAGGAAAUUCAACAGAGCAACAAGGAGUACCUAGAGGCGUUGCAGUUGGCAGGUAAGACGACCCGGCAAAACCGAGCCAGGUGAAAAACCUGUUCCCGAGUCGAGCACUGACGGCGUGGCUAUCCUUGACCUGCUACAGAGACGCUCCACGCCCAGAUCCAAGCCUCACUCAAAGCAGCUCUCGAAACGAGGGCAAUCCCAGCUCCUCCAGAGUCCGUAGUCAGCUGA